AUGGCGUCUAGUGCAGUUGGUCCGGUCGUGGGUGCUACCACAGCAGCCGCUGGCCAUCACAUUCACCACCUCGGCCGCAACGCCCCAGUCGCGGACGUUCCUGUCAUCCCCACUGGCUUUCCCGAGACAGUGGUUAACGAAUCAGCCUGGACCGGCCCGCAAUUUACCAAACAGUCGCAGUACACUUACAGCCUCACUAAUGCGGACCUUGACGAGCUCGCUGCCGCGCUCAAGCACUUCAAGACUCUGGGCCUAGACGGCGAUCUCGUCAGCCGGGACAACUUCCCUCUGCCGACCCUCGGUGCCACUUUGGAUGGCAUUGCCCGUGACAUUCAUCAAGGCAAGGGCUUCGCUGUAGUCCGCGGCAUUGACCCCCAGCAGCACUCUGUCGAAGAUCUUACGAUCCUGUACCUUGGCGUUCAGGGAUAUGUUGCCAACCAACGUGCUCGCCAGGACAAGAAGGGAAAUAUGCUUGUCCACAUCGUUGCCGACAACACAAGCCAGGCUAAGGCGGAUCACCAUCGCCAUUCUACUUCAGCCAUUACCUUCCACAAUGAGGAGUCCGGCGAUGUCAUCAGCUGGUUGACCCGCAACACUGCUGCUGCCGGUGGCAAGUGCAUCAUUGCCUCUGCUCACACCGUCUACAAUGUUCUUGCAGCCACUCGACCUGACAUCAUUCGCACCUUGUCCCGUUCUGACUGGCCCUUUGCCCUUCCCAAGUUCCAGUGCCGUCCGAUUCUCUUCCAUCAUGACGGAAAGAUCAUUAUCAACUUUGGUCGCACUCCUUUAAUGGGCAACUCAGCUCAUCCCAGACCGGUACACUUUCCAUCCUUGUCAGCUCGCCAGAUUGAGGCUCUUGAUGCUGUCGAAGCAAUUGCGAAGGCUACUCAGAUGGAGAUCCAGACUCGUGCUGGCGAUAUUCACUUCAUCAACAACUUGGCCAUCCUCCACCGUCGCGAGGCCUUUGUCAACGGCCAAGGUGCUAGCGAGAAGCGUCACCUUGUACGCAUGCGCGUGCGCAAUGAGCAGCUCGGCUGGUCUAUUCCCGAUGCCCUCAAGCGCGAGUGGCAUGAUGCUUUCGACAAGCCUGCCGACCGCGUCUGGCACCUGGAGCCGAUGCCUGACGCGUUCUUCCCCCUCAGAAAGUACCCCAACUGA